UAACAUUAAAAAAUAAAGCAUGCUUCAUCUUGUCUUACGACAACUUCUCAUGUAUUAUUGUGUCAAAAUAAGUUUCUAUGUUUACCAGUAAUAAGAAGCAAUCAUUUCAGGUUAUCUACAUUACAAGACUGAUACAUAUUGUCAGGGCUGAUAUAAGAGGUGAAUUUACUGGCCUGUUGGAGUUUGCCUUUUCAGCCUAUGUUUAUCUGUACUGAAACAUUUUCUGUCUUUGUUCAAGAAGAAAUAGCUUUCCCAGGAUAAACUAAAAAUAAUCUGAGAGCAAGCCUGUUCAGAAACCAUGGAAUCACAUGACAUUAGACGGCACCUUCUGGAAGACAACUCUGCAAGCCUACAUUCAAGCAGCAGUGAAGAAACUUUGCCCAGAAUAAAAAAUGAGCAUUUCCAGGUCCCACCACUAAAUGCUCAAGAGAAAUAUCAUAUAUUCAUCAGUUAUAGCUGUCAUGAUUCAUUUUGGGCUGCAUCUUUUAUCGAGCAGUUGGAGUCAGUAAAUUCAUCUCUAAGCAUCUGCUACCACGAAAGAGAUUUUAUUCCUGGAAAAACCAUACUUGAGAACAUGACUGAGUGUAUUCAGACCAGUCAGAAGAUUGUGUUGGUUUUAAGUAAAGACUUUGUUGAAAGCAGAUGGUGUCUGUUGGAAGCUAAUCUUUCCCUUUUUAGAGACUGUAUUGAAAGAAAACCUGUGAUCCCAGUGAUGUUGGAACCUUGUCAAAUCCCGUUGCACCUUAGCCACUUAACCUACCUAAGCGCAAAUGACAUAAACUUUUUUAGUAAAAUUCUUGAAGUCAUUUGUACCCCAAAUCAUCUGUUGAAGAAAGCCACCAUGGUUCCAUAUCAGCCCCCUUCUAUAUACAAUGGUAAAAUAUUACAAACCUUAAAUGCAGUUGACGAGGAGACCUUACUUCCAUGGAAAACUGGUACUUUUAGUGACAUUGUCCCUGACCAGUUACGCCCAGUUAUUGAAGAUGAAGAUAUGUAUAAGACUGCAAUACAAAUGAUCAAUAUUCCACAGACACAGUCUUGUAUCCGCCAUAAAGGCACUAGAUGCAUUAUUAUUGCGGGAUUAGGACUACUCAUGGGCUUUUCACUAGCAGCAGUAAUAAUUUUACCAAUACUUUUACCAAUAAUUCAACUUUCUUUGACACUUAAAAUAAUACUAAUAACCAUAGCUAUAAUUUUAUUAAUUGGAUGCUCUCUUUGUCUUAUCCGACUUAGUUUAUGGGAGCUAAUCAUGAGCAAACAAAAACAAAAACAGAUUGAUCAAGGAGCAAGAAAAGCAAAUACUUUACUUGUAAAAAACAACAUUUUAAUGGCAUGUAAUUCUCGUAAAAAAGUUAGUUUUGUCUAUCUUUCUCUUGCUGAAUGUGAGAAUGUUAUCAAAAACAGAUUAUGCCCAGAUGACAUACCUCCUGAUGAAAUAUUUCACAGGGCUCUGGUUCUCUUUUCUACAAAAUAUGCCAAUUGCUUGGUUGAUAAAAUAUUUCCAUUUUCUGAUGUACCAUUUGGUUCAGGCCAUCUAGCACAUGGAAUCUGUUUUUGCCAGUAUGUCUCAAAACACAUAGAAAAACAGAACUGGUUACUGCGUUUAAAAAAAAUAAAUAUCUAAAGAUUGCCUUGAAAAGAUUAAGGCUUGAUUGUUUUAAGAAAAUGUAGACUUAAUUCCAAACUAUUUCUCUUUCCUUCUAUAUUCUAAAUAGAAAACCUCUUUAUUUAUAAGCAAAGGUUUGAUAAGCAUUAAAUAUAGCUGGGACAAUGUAUGAUGUCAAGAAAAGUAUCUCUCAUAAUGACUGUUUGAUUUUGUAAUGGAGGAUGUAUUUCAUGGGACCUUGCUUUAUUAUUCCCAUUUCUCUCCUUGUAUAUUUAUUCUAUUAACUUUAAGAAACCAUUGGUGAUUAAAAGGGGGAAUCAUAAUGUGAAGAACAGCUGUCUUUCUUCUGCUGUGUUUAUUUGUUUGCAACAUAAAUACUUUUCUUGAAAGAGACAUGUUUUACUGCAUCACAAACGCAUUGGCAUCAUCUGACAAAGACAAAAUAUUUCACUCAUCUUACCUUAGUGAUGCUGUGAUCCUUGCUUCCCCCUCCUUUCAUAUUUGAAAUUCCAUCCAUAAAGUAAUUCCAAGAGUCAUUGCAUAAUGCUCCAAGACUAUCAUAAAGCUGGAAUGGUAACUCAAUGAAUUAUUUGCAAAUUAUGUGCUUAUAACCCAGACCUAUAAACAAAGUUAACUUAUGACAGCUCUUCCAACAAAAAUAUAUACAAAUGCAAGUUCAUCCCGGUGAAUAUUGGCAUAUAUGAGUGUACCACCAACAGUCUUGAGAGAUCUCAGGUGAGCAUUGCAUUUAUAGGAUGUCUACAUCUCACUUAUCAAAUGCUCAUGUUAACUUUAAGCUUUUUUGUUUGAUUCCUGUGUUCUCUUCAUGGAGAAGAAUCCAUCUGGUCUCUUAUCUUCAAUUUCCUGGCAAGUUCCUUACAAUUAGUCAUCUUCAGUGGUCCCACAGAGCUUACCUUUGAGAAAAGUGAAUCAUACUAAGAUGCUAAUAACAUAAAAAGGAGCCAGAAUGAAGCACAGUUAUUAACAACUCAGAGGAGGGACUGCAGAGCAUAACUGACCAUUGUCCCUAUAUGUCUCUACAUGUGGUAAUGUGAAGUGAGGGCAGGAGAAGCACUUGCAUUUGCCCAUAUGCUCAUGCUUAACUGAAUGUACCAAUUAAGACUUAAAAAAAGGGUAAAAGGCCAUGUGUGUUCAGAAUCCAUAUAGCUAAAACACUAGUAUGUCCUGCAGGGGGUGAGUUACAUUUAUCUUAUUGGCCUCUACUAUAGGAGGUUUAAGAUGUUACACAGUGAUGACUCUUGCUUGGCUGAGUUUUUCUUGUAUUUUAUACUGAAUGGAUUGUCUGUGUGACCUUUUCACCCUUUGGAUUGUAUUAGAAAACCAAGAAAUACAAAAUUAGAAAUAUCACCUGUUCCCGCAGUUGUUUGCCUUUGGAUGGUAGUACCUACUUGAAUGCAUUCUAUCUACUGUUUGGAAAUUCAACCCUUUGUAUGUAAAUCAAUUUUAUCUUUGUAUUUUAUUUGUACUUCUUACUUAUAUGAUCAUUAUGUCUUGUAACAUUGUACUAUGGAGCUUUUCUCCCCGGGCCGCCACUGAAAAUGGGCUCUUUAGCCCAGUGGACCUCCCCAUUCACCAAACUGAAAUAAAUAAAUAAAUAAAUACAUAAAUAAAUAAAUAUAAAUAAAUAAAUAGUAUCUACAGGUUUCAGGUGGUGUCUCCAGUAUUUUUAACAAAUACCUAGACAUGUUCUGUUGCUUAAGAUAGAAUAUAGGCUAUUCACCAUGUCUCACCUCACUACUGGAAACACUCAACAUUUGAAAACAAAAUAUAUCAUGUUGCCCUUUUCAGCUGACCUAUAAAAUAUUACUGUGAGUCUCCAAACAAAUUCCACCUGCUCAAAGAGAAUAGCUGGACCCAACUCAAAAAAAUAAAUAAAUAAAAAAUAACUACAAGGACAAUUUUAUUUCUUAAUGAUCUACAGUACUGACACCCUCACACCAAUGAUAUCCCAUAAGAUAUAGCAAUUUUGGGAAAAGCAUUUUCCAAAAUAGGAUCUACUUCAUGGACUCAACUACCACACUGAAGAUCAAAUAAAAAAAAAAAACACUUCUAUAAUAUGAGAGGGACAAUGAGUGAUUAUUUAAGUCAACUGAUAAUUCCAAAUCCAAACUACACUGAUGUGGAUAUAGUCACUGCAUAUUUGUUAGAUUUUGUACAUAGUCUGUAAAUAUGUAUAUAGGUUCAUAGAGGUUUACUAAGCUAAUGACUCCAAGGGCUUUUUAAGCCUAGCCAUGCCUCUCUGACAAGUUCUGGUACUCUUGAUAAGUGUAAGUAGGGGCUUGGGAGGUGAACCAUUUAAGGCUGCCUGUGUCCAUUAGAGACAUAGGUACCAAACCAGAGAUGAAUUUCAUGUUCCCCAUCCUAUUCUCCAGGUUACACCUGAAUUGGAUUAGGGAGGAACUCUGCUUCACAUGGAUGGGGAGUCUGUUCCACAGAAGGGAUAGUCUCUGGGAUACAGCUCCAACAGGUCCUGUUUAUAUCACAGAUAAAGUUUAAGUCUUUAGAAAGAAUAGUUGUGUAAAUUCUUAACAUAACCAUAGAUGUCCUUCUGUUCUAUGUUGCAGUAUUCUCUAUGGGAAGACUUCCGCCCAAGUGACCUGAUGUUCAGCCAGCAUACAACAGCUCCCAGCCACUGCAAGGCACAUGGGACACUGCACGUGUGAGCUGUAAUGUCUAAGAAUGAACACCAGACCUAAGGAGCAAUAAAGUGCCAUCCAAGGAAAGAAACAAGAUAUAGGAGGUAAGGAAGGAGGGACAGACUACUGCAACAUAGAAGAGAAGGACAUCUAUGGUUAUGGUAAGAUUUUACACAACCUAUUCUAGGUCCUUCUAUUCAGUGUUUCAGUAUUCUUUGCAUAUGGGAGAAAACCAAAGCUUAGAAGGAACCCUGGGAGGAGGAAGGAGCAGAAGAGCUUUGAACAGAAGAGUUUUCCCCAAAGCCAUGGAGAAUGGCUCUAGCAAACCCUGCUCUAGUUCUAGAAAUAGUGUCCAACUUGUAAUGUUUGGUGAAAGUAUGCACAGAAGACCAUGUAGCAGCCUCUUAAAUAGAGUUAGUAUCUAGGCUUUUAAAGAAUGCACCAAAGGAAGCCACAGACCUAGUGGAGUGAGCAUUAACAGGAGCAGAAAUGGAAAUCAUAAAAAAGUCAAUUGCCUUAGAAAUCCAAGAAGAAAUUGUUUAGAGACAGGCAAACCUAGAGCUCUGGGAUAGAAAGAAACAAAUAGCUGCUCAGACUUUCUGAUAAUCUUAGUCUUAUCCAAAUAAAAUCUGAGUUGUCUAUGCACAUCCAAGGUGUGUAAGAUCUUUUUGCUUGAGGAUUGAGGAGAUGAGAAUAAAGUGAUCAGUUGAAUAGACUGAUUAAGAGACAACUCAUUCACCAUCUUGGGCAUAAAAGAAGGACUGGUACACAAAGAGACAUUAUCUUGUGGAAAACCAGAAUAGGUGGAGAAGUCAUUGAAACUUGAAUUUCAGAACCUCUCAUAGAAGAGGUUAAAGCCAACAGAAGAACUGUUUUCCAAGUACAAAACUUUAAAGAAGCGAAGGCUGCAGGUUCAAAAGGGGCCACAGUAAGCUUCUCUAAAACAUAAUUCAAAUCCCAAGGAGGUGGAACUGGUUUCUUGGAAGGUUUAAUAUGAAGGAUAACUUUUAAGAAAAAGUUUCACUUUCAGUCUGGCUGCUAAAGGUGGAGAUGAUGGCAGACAUG